UUGGCUAAGCUCUAACAUUCAAUUUGCAUCUCGGACCUCUUUCCGAGGCUGACAGCUCAAGGUCAACCGGGAGGACGUCCGAUGCUGUAACGCUUCUGCUUUCAGAUCAAACUACAAAUAAAACCUCAGGGUUUAAAUCACGUAUUCAAACAACCCACUCAAGCCCAUAAGACAGUCACCAGCAUGGCCCAAGUGAAUCGAUACUACCUCCCACCCACAAACCUCAUCCCCAACUCCCCGCAACCACUCCUCCACUACAAAGGCCUCCUCUCCGAACCCGACCUUCGCCCCGAAAACAUACACAAUAGAUUCCACCAAAACGGCUGGAAAACACAAUGGAUCUUCCGCUACGGCCCAACCCAGCAGUCCCACUAUCACUCCGCAGUCCACGAGUGCAUGACCGUCUUAACCGGCACAGCGACAAUCCGUUUCGGAGUCGCUGACACAGACCCAGACCUCGACAAGAAUACCUGGGCCGGCGCUAGGGAAAAUGGCGGUGUUGAAAUUACUGCACGCUCCGGCGACGUCUUUGUUAUCCCGGCCGGUGUGGCGCACAAGACGUACGAUACUACACCCGCUGCGCCGUUUGCUUUGCUCACGCCGGGGAGGGGACGGGGGAUUCAGGCGUUGAAUGUGGAAGAGGCGCUGUCGAAGGUCGAGCUUACGGGUUUCACGAUGAUGGGCGCGUAUCCGGAGAAUCGGGGGGAGUGGGAUUUUGUAAUUGGUGAAGAGGAUGUUGGAAGGUUCAAGGCUAUAUGGAAUGUUGCGAAGCCGAAAAGAGACCCGGUACUUGGGGAUGCCCCGGAUGGUCUAGUUGGACUAUGGAAGGAUACUCCAGAAUUAUAUGCAAAGAUCUAGAUGAUGUAUUUAGAUAAGGCUAUCUUCGCCGGAUAUUCCUCUUACUGUCAAUCAACGAAGUCAACGUAUCAAGCCAAAAGACACUGCCG